UAUCGCGAUAUGGUGAUCAUGAAGAUGGAAGGAGAAAUGAGCAACUUCGCUAUGGUAUGGAUUACGGUGGUGGCAUCACUCUGGUAUUGUCACGCCAUCGCCAAGAUCACCAAACAAGGACCAAAAAGGUUUGUCGUAAUCCUCCCGGUGACACUCCUCUUCUUUGUCCUGCCUCUAAAUCUGAGUACCAUCUGUCUCGGAGGCCCAACUUCUUUCUUCAUCGCUUGGCUCGCCACCUUCAAACUCAUCCUCUUCUCCUUCGGUAAAGGCCCUCUUUCCUCCGACCCUCCUCACUCUAUGGCACGCUUCAUCUCCUUUGCUUGUUUCCCCGUCAAACUAGAAGAAAACCCAACAAAUUCUACUACAAACGGAGAUGAUCCAAAUUACCCAACUCCUGAAAAACCCGUCAAAAAACCCGCCCAAAAAUCUCUUCAUAGUUACCUACUCAAGGGCAUAAUUUUCUCCUCCAUGUUCUUCGUUUACCAGAACAAAUCCUCCCUUCAUCCCAAGCUCUUCUUGCUUAUGUACUCCGUAUACACCUACACCAGCUUGGAGGUCAUGCUCGCAAUCGUCGCGGCUAUAGUCCGAGCCUACCUCGGGGUCGAGCUCGAGCCCCAGUUCGACGACCCUUACAUGGCGACAUCGGUUCAGGACUUUUGGAGCAGGAGGUGGAACAUUAUGGUCUCCAAAGUGCUGCGUCCGACAGUGUACGUCCCCGUACGGACGGUGUCGAAGCACGUGGUGGGGAACAAUUGGGCGGCGAUACCAGGGGUGGUGGCGGUGUUCAUCGUGUCGGGGAUAAUGCACGAGUGGAUUUUCUACAUCAUCGGAAGGUCGAAGCCGACGGGGGAGAUCGGGCUCUUCUUCGUCCUGCAAGGCGUGUGUAUGGCGUUGGAGAUCAUCGUGAAGAGGAUGGCCCACGGAAAGUGGAGGCUGCCGCCGAGGGUGUCGGGCACGAUGGCGGUGUCGUUCGUGCUCGUUACCGCAGUCUGGCUGUUCCUGCCGGGCAUGAUGAGGUACAAUUCCGAUGUCAUGGCAUACAGAGAGAUGGUCGGCCUCAUUAGGUACGUCAAGACCCUUGGCUCUCGUCUUCGAUUGAUUGAAAAGGGCUCUAAUUAUUCCGUCUUCUCCUCUUUGCAUAACCGAAUAUGAUCGUGCUAUGUAUAUAUACGCGUAUAUAUGCACGUAUUUAUGCGUGUAUAUAUAUAUAUGCAUAUAUAUGCACAUGUAUCGAUCGAUAAUAAAUGAAUUAUCUGCUGUAUUGCAAUUCAUGACUCGGCAGGACGUGUGAGAGAGGAUGAGUAUUUUGCUUCUUUUUUUUUUUUUUUGAUUAGUUUUAGCUAGCUAUUGCAGGGAUGGUAUGUAUUGAUCAUGUAACCUUUUUAUCAUUUUGAAGAAACAUGGACCAAUGUAAUGCCACUAUUUUCUAUUUCCUAAAGUUUCGGGUAGUAUUUUUUUUUUU